AUGGGCAACUUUGUUGUAACAUCCAAUGGGGGGGAAACGAAUACUCUGAGCCAAAGCCAGGUCAAUGAAGAACGGCGGUGUCUUGUCAAAAAAUGCAGGGAGGAACUCGCCGCCCAUAUAAAAGAGAGAACUGGCAUCACGAUCGAACCCUUGAAAGUUCGGCUAGUAACCAAACAGAGCGAUGUUUACACCUGGGUUUAUACGGCCGAGGUGGCUCAUCUCUUUUCGAAAAACCUGAGCGACCACGGCAUGAUGGCGUAUAAAGAACUCUGUCGGGAGGUCGGGCAGAGCUUCCAUGCAGUUACCUUUGCGAAGGCUGCAAUCAAUGCCGAACAUCUGAGCCUCGGCCUGUAUCGCGUAUCGACCUAUCCGCCAGCUUCUAAUGUCCCCGCCGAGACUGGGGCAAUGACGCACGAGGAGCUGGUCGCACGUACUACGUGUCAGCUCUACUUGACAGAAGAAAGUUUGAAGGUGGAGACAGCCAGAAGAGAAUGCUUGCAGAAGGAACUAGAGUCCUUGAGUGUAGAGUACGAACAUCUUGCUCAACAAUUCAGGCAACAGACUGAAAAAGCAAGCCAGAGCGAGUCAAUGCUGUACAAAUGCCUCGAAGUUAUCAACCAGAUGGCAUCUCUAGCGGAGGAAGUCCAACAAGAUUAUAGAAAUACGGCGGACUCCAGUGUAUUUCCGAAAUAG